AUUUCCCUUAUUUUCUCGUUUCAAUUAAUUAAUGAUCAUGCAAUUCAUCAUCAUCAUCCAAUUCGUUAUCCAAAUAAUAAUAAUAAUAAUACUAAUAAUAAUAAUAAUAAUCCAAACCAUCAUCAUUGGGGACUAAGUGUAAACCUUUAA